AUGGGUAUACGUGGAUGGACGCCACGUAGAUUGCCGGAUUUUGCCGAGUUCGAGGGUCAGCUAGAGGAAUGGUCAAUAUUCCUGUGCGCGUUCACGGCGGCAACGGCAGCUUACCAGUGUACAGAUAUGGAGGAUAACCAGAGGCAAGUGAAAGCCCUGAAGGGCGAAGCCCGAGCAGCAGUGAAGCCGCUGCUUACCCACCUUGGCAAUGUGCAAGCUGUUAUGGAGCAGCUACGAUUCCGUUAUGGAGGUCCGGAUCUAUUGAUCUGUAGCCAUCUGGAGAGCGUGGGCGAUGUACAGCCAAUUCUAGAGGCCAGCAUCACAAUAAUCGUACAGUUCGCCACUAAAGUGAGCAAACUGGCAGCGUUCCUGCAGCCAACCACAACCGGCAACCAGCACCUAGGGAACCUCAAACCUAAAGAAGGAGCUGAUUCCCAAACUGCCGGUGAGCAAGAAGUUGGACUGAGCGAAGCGCUUGCUACGACACAGCCGUAUCCGACAGUGGAAAACCUGAGCGAUUGGCUUAAUGAAUUCGCCAAAUUGGUGUGCUCUGUCACGGACGGAAUCAAAGAGCAUCCGAAGCGAAGGGUUCUGCACGCGAAUACUGCUCGCGAGGAAGUACGGUAUGCAGACCGCUCCAGAUGUUGCCCUAUAUAUGAGGGACAGUAUGAAAUUAAGAACUGCAAGGAAUUCAACUACGCUUCUACGACACAGAUCGAGUUCGCCAGGAAGUUGAGGUUAUGUUUUUCAUGUUUGGAGUAUGGACAUACGGACCGGCUCUGCAAGAAGGGCCGCCGAUGCAACAUCUACGGAUGCCGAGUUAGGCAUCACUACCUACUCCAUGAACCAGUUGCAUAUCCCGGACGGCCGCCAGUCGGAGAUGGAGGCCCCAGGAGGGAUCAGAGGAGCAGUCAAAACCGGCGGUUGUACAGUGACAGCAGCCGACGGCUACGAAUGCCACAGUCAGUGGAUUCCAGCAAGAAGAGCCUGCCUACGUCAGCCGCAGUUAUAGACGCGGGAGGACGAGAGGCGAACGACAUUCGACCGCCAGGACUUAUAGCACCGAAACUUAAGUUAUGUUAA